AAUUUCGGGCACAGAAUAAGUUAGGGGCCGACGCAAGCGGCAAGGAAGCGAUGGAACAAGUCGGCGCCAAGUUGAUGGACAUGAGCAUCCCGCUCGACGUUGCAGCCUUGGACGAGGUCGUCAUGUGCAUGCAGAACCCCAACAGCCCCCACAUUGCGAUCGCCAACCAGAUCAUGGUGGCCUUCCAGAACCACCAGGACUCGUGGACCCGCGUCUCGCAGAUCCUCGAGACGUCGACGUACCAGCCGACCAAGUACUUUGGUCUCCAGGUGCUCGAAGAUGCGAUCAAGUACAGAUGGUUCGCCAUGCCCAAGGACCAGCGGGAAGGCAUCAAGCAGUACAUUGUCGGCAAGAUCCUCACGAUGUCGGCGGACGAGGCCACGCUGCGCAAGGAACGCCUCUUCAUCAACAAGAUGAACCUCGUGCUCGUCCAGGUGCUCAAGCACGAGUGGCCGCAGAACUGGCCGUCGUUCAUCACGGACAUUUGCACGUCGAGCCAGACGUCGGAAGUGCUUUGCGAGAACAACAUGCUCAUCCUCAAGCUCCUCAGCGAAGAGAUUUUCGACUUUUCCAAGGACCAGAUGACGGAGAAGAAGACCAAGGGUCUCAAGGAGAGCCUCAACCACGAGUUUAUCCAGAUCUUCAAGCUCUGCGAGUUUGUCCUGGACAAGUCGACGCACAUCCCGCUGCUCACGAUCACGCUCCAGACGCUGCUCCGGUUCCUCUCGUGGAUCCCGCUCGGCUUUGUGUUUGAGACGUCGCUCAUCGAGACGCUCGUCAAGAAGUUUCUCGGGACGCCGGCCUUCCGCAACGACACGAUUGCGUGCUUGAGCGAGAUUGCCAACCUCAGCGACGUGCCGCCGUCGUACGACGCGGUCUUUGUGCAGAUGUACAUUGGCGUCCUCACGGAGCUCACGCGCCUCGUGCCCGUCGGCCAGUCGUUCGAGCGCAUCUACAACCACGACAGCGUCUUUGUGCAAGGCCUCUCGCUCUUCUUCACCAACUUUUUCCGCCACCGGAUCCAGGUCAUUGAGCGUCCGAUCGUCCGCGCCAACGACGAAGCGCACGUGGCGCUCCUCACGGGCUUUUCGUACCUCGUGUCAAUCUCCGAAGUCGACGACGACAACAUCUUCAAGAUCUGCCUCGACUACUGGCACCUCUUUACGCGCGACUUGUACGCGGUGGACCAAAACCAGAUGCAGCAGCAGUCGCACCAUAGCAGCUCGGUGCUCUCGCUCUCGUCCAAGCGCGAGGACGAGCCGAUCACGCGCAAGGGCCUCUUGGCGCCGAUCCUCUCGCGCGUCCGCGUCGUCAUGAUCUCCAAGAUGGUCAAGCCCUCCGAGGUGCUCAUCGUCGAGGACGAGAACGGCGAGAUUGUGCGCGAGACGACCAAGGACACGGAGGCGCUUUCGCAGUACAAGACGAUGCACGAAGGCCUCGUGUACCUCACGCACCUCGACUAUGACGACACGGAGAACAUCAUGCUCGAGAAGCUCACGGACCAAGUCGAGGGCAACGGCUGGUCGUGGAACAACCUCAACACGCUCUGCUGGGCGAUCGGGUCCAUUUCCGGCGCGAUGAGCGAAGAGAACGAGAAGCGUUUCCUCGUCACGGUCAUCAAGGACCUCCUCGGGCUCUGCGAGAUGAAGCGCGGCAAGGACAACAAGGCGGUUGUCGCCUCCAACAUCAUGUACGUGGUCGGCCAGUACCCGCGCUUCCUCCGCGCGCACUGGAAGUUCCUCAAGACGGUCGUCAACAAGCUCUUUGAGUUUAUGCACGAGCUGCACCCGGGCGUCCAGGACAUGGCCUGCGACACGUUUCUUAAGAUUUCGCAAAAGUGCCGGCGCAAGUUUGUCGUGCUCCAGCCCGCCGAGCCGUACCCGUUUGUGGAGGAGCUCCUCAUGGACUUGCCCAAGACGGUGAGCGACCUCCAGACGCACCAGCUGCACACGUUUUACGAGGCCGUCGCGUCGAUGCUGGCCGCCGAGAACGUGCCCGCGCGCAAGGACACGCUCCUCGCCGAGCUCAUGAAGCUCCCGAACCAGGCGUGGACCAGCAUCAUGCAGCAGGCGGCGCAGAACGUCGAGAUCCUCUUUGACAGCACGGUCGUCAAGGAGAUUGUCAAGAUUAUCCGCACGAACGGCAACGUGUGCAAGGCGAUUGGGCCCAACGGCUUCAACUCGCAGAUGGGCCAGAUCUUCCAGGACCUCCUCAACGUCUACCGCACGUACACGCACCGCAUUGCGAUGGCGGUGCAGCAGGGCGGCGAAACCGCGACCAAGUCGUCGGAGGUCCGCCUUCUGCGCUCGGCCAAGAAGGAGAGCCUGCGCCUCUUUGAGGCCUUUAUCGAGCACUCGUCGGCGGACGAGACGGGCCGGAAGACGCUGUCGCACCACUUUUUGCCCGCGCUCCUCGAGGUGGUCCUCUCGGACUACAAGACGACGGUGCCGAGCGCGAAGGAGGCAGAAGUGCUCACGCUCCUCGCGAUGACCCUCAACAAGCUCAAGGCGUCGAUCGCGCCGUCGGCGCCGAGCAUGCUCGAAGCAGUGUUCGAGUGCACGCUGCAGAUGAUUACGCGCAACUUUGAGGACUUUCCCGAGCACCGCGUCAACUUUUUCAAGCUGCUCAAGGCCGUCAACGACUACUGCUUUGAAGCGCUCUUUACGAUCCCGCCCGAGCACCAAAAGCUGGUCGUCGACUCGAUCGUCUGGGCCUUCAAGCACACGGAGCGCAACGUCGCAGACACGGGCUUGGAAACGCUGUACGCGCUCCUCCUCAACGUGCGCGAGAGCCCUGUGAUCGCGGCGAGCUUUUACCGGUCGUUUUACCUCUCGCUGCUCCAGGACAUCCUUGUCGUGCUCACGGACCGCCUGCACAAGUUUGGCUUCAAGAUGCACGCGGCGAUCUUGCGCCACAUGUUUACGAUCGUCGAGUCCAACCAGGUGGCGAUCCCGCUCUGGGAGUCGCUCCCGAACCCGCCGCAAAUGGGCCCGAACCAGACGAACGCAGCCUUCCUCAAGGAGUAUGUGGCCAACAUGAUUGGCACGUCGUUCCCCAACAUGUCGUCGAACCAAGUGCGGCUCUUUGUCGUCGGCUGCUUUGACCUCGGGAAGGACCUCGCGCACUUUAAGAAGCACCUGCGCGACUUCCUCGUCAACGUCAAGGAGUUUGCGGGCGAAGACAACGCCGACCUUUUCUUGGAAGAGAGCCUCGCGAUGACGCAGCAGCAGCUCGAGAUGGAGCGCGCGUCGCGCCUCGCCGUGCCCGGCCUCAUCCACCCGAGCGAACGCCCCGACGACAUGUCGGACCUCUAGGUUUCUUUUUUGAUGACGGCGACCAGCAAUAAACUGUGUGUGAUUUUCCCUCG